CGUACGAAUCACUACAAGUGCAGCCUGCAAAGCUCUAUUUUUAUUUGCAACAUUUACAGCUUACAAACAAUGACUGCUGUAGCCAUGGAAUUCAGCACAGUGGAAAAAUUUAUGGUUGACCAGCAAGUGAGGAGACAUAGCUACCCAAUGAGACCACCUGGCGAGUUACCAGAAAGCGACCAUCCAAAAGCUAUCAGAUCAGCUUCUCUCGAACCAUCACCGACCAUCGGUAUUCGCUUGGGCUCCAAAGUGGCCAAACAAGCAGCCAAGUCUUUUUGGAACAUGGACAUGCUGCAUGAGAGCUUGCAGAAGAUAGCACAGUUUGCAGCCAUUGAGUCUUCCAGCCUAGGCAGUAGUAUCCAGUCAGUGGAUGAGGAACAAGAAGACCCAUUGGUUUCCUCCACUGAAGAAUGCAUGUGUUUCUCCCCCAUUGCCCCCCACCUCAUGUACCUCCCCUUCUCUCUAACUUCUCGCUCAGCACCCUCCACUCCCACACAGUCGCCACUCCUUGCUCUAAAGAGGCCUAAAAGUGCAUGUACAGAAAGAAAAAUGGAGAGAAAAGAUUCCACGAUUCCGAGAAAGAUAACCCCAGCUUCCCUCACCCCUAGAACUGCAGCAAAAGUUCGAUUCCACUUGUCUGGGUCUCAGUUAUCACUUCAAGGAGAACAGGAACACAAUCCUUAUGACGAUGGGUUUUAUGAGCCUUAAAACGAUUUUGUAUUGUGUUGAUUGCUAUCAUUUCAUCCUACCCUCAUAAUCUGUGUAUUCUUUCUACAUACUGUCUUUAAUUAACUCUUGAUUCUGAAA